UAGGCUCGCGUCUUCACAAAGGUAAGAGACAGUGUUGGGGAAGGAACGUGCUUACGCGCACAUAGUUUAUGAGUUCGAUCGUAGUAUCCGGUUUCAGUGAGUGUUGUGUGAGUUGGCGAAGCAGUAAAAAAAAGAGGUUAAAGUGAGAGGAAGAAGAGUCAGAAACUGACGGGCGCUGCUUGGGCGGAUGAUUAUCAGUUUUUACAACAACGAAUACAUUCAACACAACGUUUACACAAGGUUGACCUCACGGGUUGGUUGACUUCGUGAGCGAUAAAAAAGUCGAAAGUACGAUAAACGAGCCAUGACGAAUUCGGUACCAAAAUUGAACAACAAAGUUGAGCGGCAUGGAUCGCCGAACAUCGGCCUUGAGCGGCAUCAUCACCGUUCCAGUGCAAUCAAAUCAUCAUCUACGUACUUCCACAAUGGUGGAAGGUCUCAUGGCAGAAACUCGACUGGUAGAUUGAGCUGCAGCCCACAUUUUUCGUCUAAGGGUUCAAGAAAUUCGCCGUCGCGGUACGAGUAUAGUCCGCGUGGCAGUCCAACAAAUAGCUUCUACGCGGGUGCAAAGUUCUCUGAACCGCCGUCUCCUGCGAGCCUUCCCAAACCGCCCAGCCAUUGGACUACGAGACUGAUGAGCAGUUGUCAGCAAUCUGACAGGAGUUGCGAUAUUUCAAAUCAUCUUAAGAUAAUACUAAACGUCCAAGCCUGAUACCUAGAGACCAAUGGACCGCUAAGAACGGUUACCAGCUUCUAAGAAAAGCGAAAGAGACACAGGUACGAUAUUAUCGUCUCACCUCUUGGAUUAAGGAUGUAUUUUUUUUCUCUUGUAUGUGAUGUGAAGCUGCUCGUUUAACAAACAGACAGACAAAUGAACAAAAGAACAAAAGUGUUUACAUGAGAAGAACUGCGCGAUAAUACAAUCUAUAAGAAAAGACGAUAAGAGUAAUACGCGAAUAGGUAAACAGAAGGCACCAGCGCCUUUCAGUUUCUCAUGGUACAGAUACGCUGAGUGUGAACACCAUGAUUUGUUCUCUAAGCUAUUAUACAAAACAUUAAGCGUGAAAAGACGCAGGUGCGUCUGCCCCGCAAAACCGUGAUUCAAGUAUAUGAUAUAACUUCUAACAAUUCUAUUAUGCGCCGUCUAUGAAGAUAUAAGAUGUAUGUAUUUUAGAUUAUUAUUAUAUACGAUUAACUUGCAGAGACGCAUACACAUACACAUCUACUACACAACACUCUGUUGUAUUAUUUGUUUGACGAAAUGGUACGAAGACAUAGGCAAAGCUGCAUUAGCUACUUUUAGAGACGAUAACUUUUCCUUUUUUUUCUUUUUUUUUUCCAUCUUAAGAUCAAAAUUGCUAUAAUUCAGCACCAUAAAUCAUGACAGUGUCUUUUAUUCUUUUCUGUUUUGUCCAUAAUUCUUUCCAAAAUAAUUACUAAAAUCUAUACACGUUUUGCUAACAGGAUAUGUAUGUUGAUUACUAUUUUUCAUCAUUGAGAAAUACUUUACAGUGUAUAAGGGGUAAACUUUAAGCGCGUUGCAUAUAUUCAUCUGCUGCUCUUUAGCAUAAACCAAGAUAUUGAUUCAGUAUGUCUAUAAUUGGUAAUUGAUUAAUAUUUCUUCCCCAAUCUCUGUUAAGAUUAUCAUAUUCUUCUUAGAAUUUAUAAUUUAAACGAGUCUUAAAAGGCAUAAUCAAAUUAUCCUUACAAGAUCUUAUAUGAGAAAAUUUUUGGUUUCUGUUUAUCUUCCUCUUUUUAUCGAAGGUAUUCUUAUUCAUUUCACAGCUUUGCAACACUUUUGCAAAGCGAUAUAUGUAUAAGAUACAAAUGACGAAUUUCCAGUGUGUAUACAAAUGGAUUAAUUUUUUGAAAUUCGUACAAUUUAUUGAAUGAAUGUGAUCUAUUUGAGUGGAUGUUGAUGAACAUGAUUUGGUAUGAAUGUUGAUGAAUGAUUCUUUGUGUUUCUUCUCUAAAACUCGUGAUUAAGUAACAGUUGCGCUUAAAUUAACAAAGUUUUAUUAGAUACUUCUGCCAAUGAAAAAUGUGGGAUUCAUUUUUAUAUUGUUUAAAUGGUGUGAUUAAGGAAAAUCUUGUUUGUCACAAAAUUUUCAGUACAGAA